ACAACUCUCGCGAGAACGCCAGUGGCGCGAAUAAACAAGAGCAUUUUGCACCGCAGAAGCUUCAGGGACGACUGUGUAGCUAAACUCGUUUUAUUACUUUUAUUUAAGUUUCCCAUUUUGUUAUUUGAAGCCAAAACAAUAUCGUUUCUAAAACAGCAGUAUUUAAUUAGCGUACCUUAUAAAGUGAAAGCAUGUCGGACGCGUUGUCGGAUGACGGCAGCGACAUCAACCAAGAUGACAGCCAGGAUGUCAUGACUCCGGCGGAGCUGAUAGCUAAACUAGAAGAAGCUUGGCUGAACGAGAAGUUCUCCCCAGAGCUGCUGGAGAACAAGUCCGAGGUGGUGGAGUGUGUGAUGGAGCAGCUGACUCAUAUGGAAUCAAACCUGCAACGGGUAAAGAAAGGUGAUGCCAAAGCCAGCUUCCACCGAAUGGAAAUAGACAGGAUCCGCUUUGUCCUCAGCAGCUACCUGCGCUCUCGUCUGCAAAAAAUUGAAAAGUUCUUUCCUCACGUCCUGGAGAGGGAGAAGUCUCGAGUGGAAGGACAGCCAUCUCUGCUCUCUCCUGAGGAGUUUGCUUUUGCUAAAGAGUAUUACACCAACACAGAAACCUACCUAAAGGCUGUAGCGCUGAAGCGAAUGCCACUCAACUUACAGACUGUAGAUCUGCUCAAAGCAGUGCCCGAGCCUUGCUUGGACUCCUUUGUGUUUCUGCGAGUGAAGGAGAAACAGGAAAAUAUUUUGGUGGAGCCUGAAACCGACGAUCAGAGAGAAUAUAUUGUGGAUCUGGAAGAGGGCUCGCAGCAUUUGAUGCGAUACCGCACCGUAGCGCCGCUGGUGUCAAACGGAGCGGUGCAGCUGAUUUGAAAAUCAGGGUGUUGCUGAGGAUGUUUUUUUACUCCAGGAGAUCCUACAUUUCAGCACUUGUAUAUAUUUGUUUUUGCUGGAGUUGUAAUGAAAAAAAGGCAGUUUAGUCUGUUGAAACCACACAGAUAAAACCGGGAAACACAAACUGAUUCUUUAUCAUCUGGAGAAAGGACUAACUUGUGUGAUUUGAAUGUAGAUAACAUUCAUGACACCGUGGGGAGGGAUGCUUGUGAUGCUAUUUUUGGAUGUUUUACUGUUAAAUCAUAAAACAACUAAAGUGUA